UAGAUUUCAGGGUUCAGAACUUAAACCAGUGAACCCUGAAAGGGAGAAAGAAAGUAAGGAGAGGAGGAGGAUGUCGUUCAUGAAAGGCGAUUUGCUUACGAAGACAAGGAAACUCGUUAAGGGACUCGCUAAAGCAAAGCCAUUAUGGUUAAAAGCCAUGGAAGAAAAUCCACCUGUUACAUUUCCUCGAACUAAUGGUAAAUCUGAAAGGAUUUCUCUCCCUGAGGAUGUAUAUGUGAAAAAAUUCUUUCAAAAGCACCCAGACUCGUUACAUGAAGAUCCAAUCAGGUUCAGUGGUACUGAUCCCCCUCCAGCUCGUAUUUUCGGUUGGAGGGUUCUUGAACUGAAAGAGCAGGGAGUUAGUGAAGAGGAAGCCAUGGCGGUAGCUGAUAUGGAAUAUCAGCAAAAGAGGAAGGCAAGGAAGGCUGCUUACAAAAGACUGAAGGAAAUUGCACGGCUGCAAGGGGAAAAGCCACCGCCAAACCCAUAUCCAAGUGCCAUUAAGGAGAUACAGGCCGAAGAAAGGAAGUACGUGAAGGAGCGUUUCAAUGAUCCAAGCAUAUUGGAAAUUGUGCAGAGGCUGAAAGAAGAGAGGUUUGCUUUCAUGCAAGAAAGAAGAAAAGCAGGUGGUUGGUGAUCCUAUCCCUCGAAGAUUGUUACCUGACAACUACAACCAUAAGUUAUAUUUGCUGAUGCUCAAUAACGCCAUUUUCCUGCCAAAUAAGAUUGUCAAUCACGGGGAGAACUAUAUGAACCUUUUUGGAAUAGAGCCUCUUGUUUGAGUACUUAUAGACACUUCGAGAACUACAAAUUAGGUAUUUAGUUUGGUUUUUCCCUUUUGCCAAAUGUAGCCCUUUUGUUGGAUGAAAAAUGAGAAUGUUUAGUAUUUGGGUUGUAUUUUAUAAAUCAUGCUUAAAGUUUCUCCUUGCCUUAUUUAGUUGGCUGCCUCACUGAUGUGUACUGCCUGGGGUUGAAGCAUUUUAUUUUUGUUGGUUGGAGAUUUUUGUGUUCUGUGGGUGUAUCUCUGCUCAGGAAUUUUUCUUUUAUUCUGUGAUUUUAGUUGCUCUAUUUGAAAUACUUGUUCACUUUAGUUGUUGAUAAUGAAGCUUUCUUUUGGA